AUGCGCAGCUCCGCGUCGGCUAAUCUGUCGCGCACCGCGAGGCCAUCGAAGACUGGUGCGUCCAUCUCACCCUCUCGCACGGCGCUCUCGCGCGGCGCUUCGCCUGCCAUGUUGGCGGCGGUACACCGCGAGAGAGGGCGCAGCACGUCGCCGUCUACGCAGAAGAAAGCCCGUUUAGGUGCUGCGGACGAUGUAGCGACGGUUGUCAGCGGUAGCGCAGCGGUGGCUCCCACCACCGGCCACGGUACCGCCAGCACAGCGUCACCGUCCGUAACAGGUGUGUCGCCCUCAUACUUUGCGCAGGACGGCAGGCGCUUUGAGCCGAACACAUACGAGACGACCUUUAACUUCCGUGGCCAGUACGAGCACAUCGUCGUGGCGCACGGUACGGCAACGCUGUGGUGUGCCAACACCGCAUCCGGCGCCAUCGACCUCUACAGCUGCGUCACUGGUCAGUUUGUCACCUCGCUUCGCCCGCUGCACGAGGAGGUAGCGGCGCGGCAGGUGGAGUUGUCGGAGUUGCCGUUGAAUACGUCGUGCAGAAAGGCUACCAGCGGCGGUGCCAAAGGUACCGCGAGCGGGUUGCUUACUUCGCACUGCGGCACCGCGGCACCUACCCCUCGCAGUCGAGGGCUUGUUUCUACACGAGGAGGGAGGCGGCUUUCAGCGCCAUCGUCCGCCGGCGGCGCGGCUCAUCCCCAUGAGUCGGCGCCUAACCGUGCCUCGGCAUCCAGUCCUGUGUCUAUGUGGCUGCGCGCGCCUGAGGGAAGCGUUCGUGCGACCGCCCUGUGCGCCACCGCUACACACGUGUGGGUCGGCUACACCAAUGGCUCCGUCGCCGUCUACGACGCACUGCUUCUCAAGCUCAUCACUUUUGGCCAGUUUCACACCGAGCGCGUCGUGUCCAUUGUUGAGCUUUGUAAUAUGCAGAUCGUAUCCGCCUCCGCGAGCGGCCUCUUGAUCCUGUGGGACACCGAGCAAGGUGGCUUCGAGGCGGUGACACGAGUGACAGUGCUGCUGGACUCCGUCCGCGAAGGCGCGGGGGCGCUGUGUGCCAUGACCUCUGUUCCCCCCACCGCGCGUGUGUGCUGCGGGUUCGAGUCAGGUGUAGUCUACAGCGUCCUUGUCGCGAGCCGGCCGCAGGGACAGACCACGCCGCAGGAACUGCGUGGUCACCAGGGGCGAGUGAACGCCAUGGCGGUUGUGCGUGAUGUGCUGUUCACUGCCUCGGAAGACAGCACCGUAUGUGUGUGGCACCGCGGUGGUACAGUCUGCGCACGCGGUGCGGAGAGUCUCGGUGACAAGGGCAGACGCGGGCCCGUGUCGUCGAACCACCUCAGGGAGGCGACCCAUGACGGCGGUCAAGCAUGCGGUGGCCUUCACACGGGUGGCCCCAUGAAAAUGCUGAAGCGCAUCACCGUCAGCCCAUGCGUGCGAUCUCUCUUGGCAGAGGAGCAGACCUGCAGUCUGUGGGUGGCGUACGCGGACGGCCUCAUGGAGCGCUGGAGCGCCAACCCAGACGACGACUACGGCGUGGAGGAAGUGGUCGAGGGCGCGCUGACAACAUCGCAAUCAGCCGGCAACGGUGGCGUGCGCGCCCUUCUCUCACUGAGUGUGGUGCAGACGAUGCAGUGGCUUGCGUUGUCCAGCAACGGUGUGAACAAGGUCUGGUACGGGCAUCAAAACACCUUAGAGAUUGAUCUGGCGAACUCCAUCUCCACUUUGGCACAGGUGGUGGAGCAGGACACUGAGGACGCCGCAGCGUGGCGAGAGCGGGUGAACCUGCUGAAACAGAAGGAGGCAGAGCGAAGAGAGAAGUACGUGUGCAUCCUCGAGCAGCUGAGCGAGCAGCGGGUGCUGCUGCGACACUACGACAUGUGGAAGCGCUCCAUUCUCUUCGUUGGUGCCCGGCGCAAGCGAGUCGAGGCAGUCGCCCACACGCUCGAGAAGAAGUCUCACCUGCAGCUGAUUCGUCGCUUCUUUGGGCAGUGGGCGUCCUUCUACGACGCCCAGCAGCGGCACAUUCGCGCCUAUGUGCUCGCCAUGGCCCUCUCCCGCGCCACAGAGCAGCUGCAGCUGCAGGCCUACUUCCUGCGGUGGCAGUCGUACCUUGUCUAUCGCCAGGUACGGCAAAAGGCCGUGGAAGGCGUGCAUGUGCUCGCGCGUCUGGUGAACGCCGCGGUGAUCGGCUCAUAUUUUCACCGCUGGCGUGCUGCUGCAGCGACGACCAUCCGACGGCAGCGCAGCUGCAUCUCAGCCGAGCAGCUGGCGCUUCUCGCAAGCAAGGCGCAGCGGCAGGUGCUACAGCGGGCGCUCCGUCAGUGGGUUUCACACACCGACGCGCAGAAGAGGUGCAAGCAAAACGCCUCUGAAGCCGCCGCAGCAGCGGCGACGUCUCAUGACGGACUGCCGGUGCCUGGCACUUCGUCGCUCGCUCGCUUUGCUGCGCACCACGCUCAGAUGCAGCAGCAGCAACACGGACGUCGGGUCCUCCAGCUGUGGCGGCGCUGGACAGAGCGGCGCGCUCGGCAGGCGUCCCUCGCAGCGGUGGCGGCCUUACGUGAGCAACAACUGAGCUACGAGACCGGCCAGCGCUUUUUUCUUCGCUGGCGUCAGCGCGUGCACGCGCGGCAUAUGGGCGAGAACAUGGAGCAACUUAAGGUGCUCGAGAUGGAGCUGCGGCGUGCGGAGGCUGAGCACGGGGAUAUCUUUGAGAAGUUGCAGCUGCAGCGACAGCUCGACCUCGUCCUCGAGCGGCAGGCCGCGGAAGAGGCGCGCUUGGCUCACGUCAAGGAUCAGCUGGCCUCUGCAGAGCAGACUUGCUCGGAGCUGCGUGCGCGUCAGCGGACGCAAAGUGUCAUUAGCAGCAAUGGUGUGGCAGGCGCCAGCUCGCGUGACAGCAGCUUAGCGCCCUCAAGUGGGGCAGCAACGGGCGCCUCCGCUGCUGUGGCGCUAGCAGACGCAUCGCCGCGCUCAUCCAUCGUGCGACUCGCUGGCACCGACACGGAGCUCUCGCUGUCAACCACCAGUGAGAGUCCGCCGCUUACCCAGCUGCAGUCGCAGCCGCAGCAAGUGGUGCUGUCGACCAUGAGUCGUGGCCACAUGGCAUCGAACGCUGCGUGGUACCGUGCGAUGGUGGACCAGCAGCGUCUGUCACCCAUCGUGCUGGCCCACAUGCCAACGGAGGAGGCAGUGCACCACGUCAUGGGCCAGCUCAAGGGCAAUGUCGUCAACCUCUACACCGAUCUAGCGCUCUUUCGGCAGGUGAAGGAUCGCCGGCGCGCCGGUACAUCAGCGGUCGGCAUCCUCCUCGAGGCCUUUGGGGAGGUGAAACGGCUCAUCGUGAUAACGGUGCGCGGCGCAUCGGCCAACGCCGCCUCGGCAGCAGCGGCGCGCAUGGGUGGCAAGGCGACACGGUGGCCGCUCAGCAUGGAGGCGCUGGACUGUAUUCCAGUGCACCACUGCGCCACAGUGCUGAGUGCCAUCAAGACACUAGUCGUUGCGUACGAUCUCCUGCAGUCUGAGGACAUGGCCAAUGUGCAGACGACCUGCGAGGAGGUGGUUGUCAACGCCGACUGGAUCUUCCUGAUCGCGCGCGCGUGCUACCUGCGCCGAAAACCUGCGCCGCCGGUGAAUAAUCGGCAGCUUAUUUAG